CUGGCUUGCAGUGACGCGGCGCCCGCCUUCGGCGCCAUCUUGUCGGCGGCCGGGUAAGCGGAGCGCCGUGCUGGGCCGGCCCCGCCAUGCCGCACUACCAGGCCUGGGAGGAGUUCACACGCGCUGCCGAGAAGCUCUACCUCGCCGACCCCAUGAAGGUGCGGGUUGUUCUCAAAUACCGACAUUGUGAUGGGAACCUCUGUAUCAAAGUAACCGAUGAUGUAGCGUGUUUGCUGUAUAGAACAGACCAGGCACAAGACGUAAAGAAGAUCGAGAAAUUCCACAGUCAGCUAAUGCGACUCAUGGUGGCUAAGGAAUCCCGCAGUGCUGCCAUGGAAACAGACUGAAUUGCUGAAAAUAAAAUGAGUGCUCCGGUCAUAUUUCACUGGAAGAAAAUAUCUCUUGGAUUUGAACGAAUACUGGGACAGGAGAUGCUUUUUUGUACUGAAGUGGACUGACGACAAGCCUGAAGCAUUUCCCUCUGACCCUGCCAGGCUCCACUUUGGAAAACUAGGAAAAUACAUGCUUUCAAUUGAAAGCUUAUAUUUAUUUUUGGGAAUUGAACAAGAAACUAUUCUUACACAUUAGGUAUGCUAAGAAGACAAGUAAAUAUUUAGUCUGAAUUUGAUAGGCUGUAAGCAUAUUUCUGGAAAGUUACUAUAAAAUUUCAUAUAGAUUUCAUUGUGUUUCAUACCUUAUGCUGGUGUAUUCUCACAGUGAGAAGGUUUAUUAAACUGACUAAUACUGUAGCAUGGUGACUGGAUCUAAUAAUAUUUACAUAAAUGAUAUAUAUCAGUGGGCUUUAGAAGAAUGGGUGUUUUCUGAACUUAAAUGUUUAAAACUGCCAGUUUGUAUUACCAUUGUCACUAGAAAGAUUUUAGCUUUUAGUAUUGAUUUUGGUCAUAAGCUGUGCAACAUUAUCUGUGAUGCAGUUUAUAGAACUGUUAUAUUGGCUAAAUAAUUGAAAUUCUGUAUUUUAAAAAUUAAAGUGAAACUUUGCUUAAAUAUUGCUAGAGAUCAGUGAGAAACUGGGAGUUUAUUUUCUGUUUAUGCAAAUAUUGAUGUUAAAAAACAGUUGGUGGCUUUUUUCUGUACUUGAACCCUUUUAUACUAGCAGGGAGACCUUUUCCCAUCCUUGCUUCAGGCAGAGUUGAAGUAUGUCAGCAAGACAAAUUCUAGAAGCUCUUGCCUAUUAUGUUAAUAGCAAAAAUGCAACCAAACAGUAUCCAGAUUCCUUAUCUUAGCAGCUUGCUAACUGUGCAUUUUCAAAUGUUACAUGUGGCAGAUGAAUGUCAGCCAACUGAAUAAAUGGAUGAAAACCAGCUUAAUAAAUACUUAAAUACCACUGUCAAGAAGAGACCAGUGCUCCUGUGGCUUAGAUUUGUUUCUCAUUGUUACCUCCAGUAGGGUGAUGGAAGCCUUAACUGUCUUUUGCAAAGGCUCUUUACUUGAAAACUCAGUAGCUCAAAUUAAUACUUGCUUUGACUAGAUCUUCCAUACAUAAAACCAGAUGAAUAUUUUAAUGUAAUUAUCUAUUAUACUGGGCUUUUCCAGGACUAGUGUUUUGUGUUAAACCAAGCCAUGGAAGUAAAGCAGGGCCAUAGAAGGACUUGUCAGUAACGGCAUUUUUAUGUAACAAAACAAUCUACUUAAAUAGCUACCUGCUGUCACUUACAUAAAAACAAUUGAGCUACUCUGAACAGUGGAGUUCCCGUGUCUGCCAAAGGCUUGGAAGAAAACCCGGGCUUGAAUAUUGCAUUAGAGUCCCUUUCAGCUAAAUAUAGUGUUGCGUGUUGUUGGAAAAUGCAGUGCUAAAUUCCCAGUGACUAUUCAUAUUCUGGUCUACUGGAGUGACUGGUAUGCAUGUAACACUUUGCAUUUUGAAUUGGCUUUUGAAAUACAAAUAAAUGCAGAGAGAAGGCCAAACUUUGUUCUUAGUUAAACUUUAAUAAGGUACUGUAAUGUUGAAAAUUUUCCUUGGUGCUCUGAUUUAUUUUCUUAAUAUUUGCAAUAGUAUAUUAAGUAGUUAAACCAUUUUUGUCUAAAGCACUCUUCUGCAGGAUGAAUUGCUGCUGCACAGUGUCAUACAAAUGAAGAUUUAAGCUCUUAAAUUGGCAGGUGAAAAGGCUGCAGCUAUUUUAAUGUGAUUUUUGGACAUCUCAUAAACUGGUUUGGCAUGUAGAUGUCUUCUGUGAGCUGAGGUACAGGAAGGCCUCAGUGGUAUUUUCUUGUUCAUGGAGGAUAAAAGUAGAGGGAAGACCAGACAGACUUGGUGUACUAAGUGGCUGAAUGGCUUAAGCAAUAUACUUAAGCAGGUUUUAGAAGGAGGCAAUUACAGUACUAUAUAUUAGAGUAGCAGUUGUUAAGCAAAAGAGGCAGGGAAAUGGAUUUUUUUUUUCUACAUUCAGAAAUUAUUUCUGUGAAACCAUAAGGAAAUAUUAAUGCUGCUUUUGUAAGAGUAAGUGUUGUGAAGCUUGUUUUCCGUAUACUCACAGAAAAACUAGGGCGGUUCUGUGCAGUCGUAACGCGCAAGAAUAUUGAUAAAGCUACUGCUUAAAAAAAAAGCUUUUGGACAGGUACUUCUCAACUUUGUCCUGGAAUUUUCAGCAACUUCAAUACUGUGUUCAUGGGGUGGUAGAAAAGCUGUGAACUCAGCUCUUGCUUUCUGUGCUUAUACUCUUGUUGGGAGUGUGCAUGUGUAGGUAUGUACACUGACCAGUUUCCUAAUAGAAUUUUAGCGCGUUAGUCCCUCACGUUGCCAACUACUUGAAUGUGUCCACUGGUAUGUGAUGAAAAAAUCGGCUUAAUGUGGCUGCCGCACCAAAGGGGCGGUUGAAUGCGUUGCAUGUGAAGCUCUGCGCUUGGCAGCCCAGCAUGUCAGCAAAUGCUUCUAAUCACCAGCUGGGAGUUCCUGCCAGUUACAGGCUGCAAACAGGCAGUGCCGGAGCGGGUAGGCAACCUGUGCAGCUGUAGAUGGGUAACUUUGGCAGAAGUGGAAUGCUUGGGGGGCGGGGGGGGUGGGGUGGGGUGGAAAAAAGACAUUUUCCCUUGCUAUAUAUCUAAUGUUGUUGCUGCAUGUUAGUUAUCUUCAGUAAUUGUUCUGUUUUGUGAUAAUAGUUUAAUAAAGAAUAUGGGUCUUGUUAUAGCACAAAGAAAUUGAA